ACCGUCGCCACACCGUCGCAGGUGGAGACCGACCUAGGUCACACGAAGGAGGCCUCGGGACAGCUGCGGUCAGACAGAGGCGGCCUCAGGGCGGCAGGGGUCCGACCCUGAGGUCAGCGGUCACCAUGCGGGUGGAGUGGCUGGUGCUGGUGCUGGUGCUGGUGCUGGCAGUGCCGACGACGCCGCAACGGGCGCCGGGCACCGACCAGUGGUGCAUCUGCCAGGGCGCGCGCGGCCUUCCGGGCGUGCCUGGCCUACCCGGACAGGUCGGCAUGCAGGGUCUGCAUGGCGAAACGGGUCCCAUGGGCCCGUUCGGGCGUGUGGGCCCGCGCGGCGACCGGGGCCCAUCCGGGGACCCGGGCGCGCGCGGCGACCGCGGCGAGCCCGGCCUCCUCGGCUUCAACGGAGCGCCCGGCCUGCCGGGCGGCCCCGGUCCGCUGGGAGCUCGGGGUGACCCCGGUGUCAAGGGCUGUACCUGCGUGGACGGCCUCCCGGGCCGGGACGGCCUACCGGGCCUGAUCGGGCCGCGCGGAGCAGCAGGUCCCAGCGGCCUGCCCGGACUGCCGGGCGAUCCAGGCGAAGGAGGCUCGGCCGGCGCCAAGGGCGACCCCGGCGAGGACAAACCGCCCGGUCCACCGGGCCUGCCGGGCUUCGCAGGACGGCCAGGCUACAAGGGUCAAGAGGGCGAACAAGGAUAUCGCGGCUCGGUGGGGCCAGUGGGCAUGCCGGGCCGACGUGGUGAGCCGGGCGAGGACCGCCACGGGCCAGCCGGGCCGAAGGGCUUCCAGGGGGAGCAGGGCGCACCCGGCUCUGACCUGACCUAUCUGGACCCGGACAUCAGCCGACCAGGACCAGCGGGGCCGCCGGGCCUCCCUGGCCCGCUGGGCUGGCCAGGAGAGCCGGGCGCCUAUGGCCCACCGGGCCCUGGCGGUCAACCCGGCUGGCCCGGCACGCCCGGCCGCAAGGGACCACCCGGCUGGCGGGGCAGCGACGGACCACGUGGCAAGCUGGGCCGACCUGGCCCGCCGGGGCAGUUCGGAGCCAAGGGCGUGCUGGGCACGGCUGGCGAGACCGGCCGGCCAGGCCUGCCUGGUCUCAAGGGCCUGCCGGGUGUGGCCGGCGUGCCGGGGAGGCCCGGGCUGCAGGGUGACCCAGGCCCCAAGGGCCUCUACGACCCGAGCAUCGGUGGCCCGCUGCUCGGGCCUCCCGGCGACCAGGGCGACUACGGCGCGCCGGGCCCCGCCGGCCUGCCCGGCCUGGACGGCCUGGGUCGCCGUGCCAGAAGGGCGAACGUGGCUGGCCGGGACUGUCCGGCCGGCCCGGCCCGGACGGGGUCGCCGGUCCCCGCGGUCCCUUCGGACCACCGGGACUGCCAGGCCUGGGGGGCACCAGGCGCGCCGGGCUUCCGCGACGGCGAGCCUGGCCCCGCCGGCCGGCCCGGCCCCGACGGCCUGGACGGGCUGCCCGGCAGCGCAGGCCUGCCCGGACUGCCGGGCGAGUACGGCGAGCCCGGUCUGCCGGGACUGGACGGCACCGACGGCCGGCCCGGACGUCCGGGCACGGACGCCGACACGUUCAACGUCUUCUACCUGAAGGGAGAGAGCGGUCCGCCCGGCCUAGAGCCGGGCGAGCCCGGCGAACCCGGCUUUCCAGGCCCACCAGGCGACAGCCGGCCCGGCCGGCCGGGUCCGCCCGGCCGCGUCGGCCUGCCCGGCCUGCCCGGCGAGCUGGGCCUGCCGGGCCCCGACGGCGUGCCCGGCCUGCGCGGCCUGGUCGGGCAGCCGGGCAUGCCCGGCGAGCAGGGUCCGAGCGCCGGCCUGCCGGGACGGCCGGGCCCACCGGGCCGGGGCGCCCAGAAGGGCUCCGUCGGUGAACCUGGGCCUCCGGGGCCCCAGGGCUGGCCCCCGGGCGCGCCCGGCGACAAGGGUGCGAGCGGCGUGUACGGCCCACCGGGGCCUCCGGGCCCGCCCGGCGAGCCCGGUUCGGCCUCCAAGCGCGGCUGCCCGGGCAAAAUCGGCCUGCCCGGCCCACCUGGCUGGCCCGGCACCAUGGGCCCGGACGGGCUGCCGGACUGCCCGGACCGCCCGGGCUUGCCCGGGGACACGAAUCGCCUGCCGGGCCCGCCGGGCCCACGUGGGGAUCCAGGCGUCGACGGCCGGCCGGGCCCGCGGGGCCCUCGCGGCCGGCCCGGCUCCCCCGGCUUCGGCGGCGACCGGGGCAUGCCCGGCCUGGAAGGCAUGCCCGGCCUGCUCGGUCCCGCCGGCGAUCCUGGCACACCCGGCCGGCCAGGCCUACCUGGAGGACCGGGUCGGCGCAGCGGUCGGCCCGGUCUCCCGGGCCAGGACGGCUUCAACGGACCACCGGGCCAGGACGGGCCACCCGGACUGCCAGGCCUGGCCGGCAAGCGCGGCUGCCCGGGUCGGCUGGGCCUGAAGGGCAACCCGGGCCUUCCGGGCCUCCCCGGCCCGGCGGGCCCGGGCGGACCCACCGGCCGACCGGGCGAGCCAGGGCUGCGCGGUCCGGACGGCCUGCCCGGCCGCGCCGGCGGCCGGGGCCAGCCGGGCGACGGCGGCCCGCGCGGCCCGCCCGGGCCCGGCAGCGUCGGUCGCGGCGGCGAGCGGGGCACGGACGGGUCGCCGGGUCUGCCGGGCCUCAGUGGCCCGUCCGGCCCGGCCGGAGACCCUGGCGAUGACGGCGACAGCGGCCUGCCCGGCCUGCCCGGCUUCGACGGGCCGCCCGGGAUCUCACCCAAGGGCGAGCGCGGCUACGACGGCGGCCCCGGCAGAGACGGCGUGCCGGGCCGCGACGGUGGGCCCGGCCAGCCGGGGCCAGCCGGGCCCGACGGUAGACCGGGACCGUCCGGCGACAGGGGUCUGGACGCACCGCCGGGCUUGCCCGGCCAGCGGGGUGAGCCCGGCUACCCGGCCCUCGACGGUCUGCCCGGACCGAGAGGCUAUAAGGGCGAGCCCGGCCUUCCCGGCCUGGACGGCCGGGGCGGGAACCCGGGCCGGCCAGGCGACCGCGGCCUGGACGGCCUGCCUGGCUCGCCGGGCCGGCGCGGCCAGCGGGGUUGCCCCGGCGCGCCGGCACCUGGCUGGACGGCGGACCUGGCCUGCCGGGCGACGCCGGCCCGGACGGCUUCCCCGGGCUGGCCGGCCGGCCCGGCGAGCCCGGCCUGCCGGGGGUUGGACGGCCUGCCGGGCGGGUUGGGAGAGCCGGGCCUGCCCGGCCUGCGCGGCCCGCCCGGCUGGCGGCCGGGCCCGCCCGGGCCCACCGGCGACCCCGGCGGCCGCGGCCCGCCCGGGCCCUACGGCCCGCCGGGAGGGCCGGGCCCUCCUGGCGACGACGCGCCGCAGACCGGGCCGCCGCCGCCCUCGCGCGGCUUCUUCUUCACGCGGCACAGCCAGUCGACGUACGUGCCGCAGUGUCCGCCCGGCACCAGCCAGCUGUGGCAGGGCUACUCGCUGCUGCACGUCACUGGGAAUGCCAAGGCUCACGGCGCCGACCUCGGUACGCCAGGCUCCUGCCUGCUCAAGUUCACCACCAUGCCGUACGUCUUCUGCAGCGGCAACGAGAAGUGCGAGUAUGCCCAGCGUAACGACUACAGCUAUUGGCUAAACACGCCGGAGCCGAUGCCGGUGAUGAUGACACCGAUUACGGGGGUUAACAUCCAGCGGUACAUCUCACGCUGUUCUGUGUGUGAAGCACCAACAAGAGCCAUAGCCAUCCACAGCCAGGACGUGGCCAUACCGGAGUGUCCAGCCAACUGGGAAACCAUGUGGACCGGCUACUCCUUCCUCAUGCACACGGACGCGGGCGCCGAGGGCGGCGGCCAGUCGCUCGUCUCUCCCGGCUCCUGCCUGGAGGACUUCCGGCCGACGCCCUUCAUCGAAUGCCACGGCCACGGCCGCUGCAACUUCUUCACCACCGCCUACUCCUUCUGGCUGACCACCAUCGCCGAGUACGCACAGUUCCGCCAGCCGCAGCAGCAGACGCUGAAGGCGGGCAACUUGCGAACACGCGUCUCGCGCUGCGUCGUCUGCCGCCGUCGCUACCGACUGCCGCCGCCGCCGCCGCCGCCGCCCUCGUGGCAGUUCGAGCUGCCGUUCUAUGGGCGGUCCGCACGACACGCACCCGGCAACAGCACGGCGCCGGCCGCCUAG